AUGGAUGCGGACGACAUUUUGUGUAGCGGAGGCAGGAAAUGGAUGUGUAUCAUUAAGGUCGAACAUUGUGAGAGCUUCAACGGUGUAGUUGUUCUGGACAAGACUAAAAGAGUUAUCGGUGUUGAGUACGGAGACUCCAAGGAGCCAGUGAGGGUGACCAAGGUUUAUGGCGAGUUUACCACAGAUGAUGAUUUCGUUAACAUUUAG